CACAAAUCGAUGAGAUCUGCCAAGCAGGUGAACGUGAAAUUAGUGAAGGUGUGUAGCCAGUGUUACAAUAUGUCUAACACUACUUGGACCUGCGCCGAGCCCGGCAUUCCCUGUGGACACGCCUUCUUCAGAUCGAAGCCUUGGCAACACGGAGAACGUCAAAUCGUUUACAAGGGAAUUCUCUUUCCAGGAGACGGACAUCAAGAAAGAAGCGUCGGUGUUAGAGUUGGUCGUUGCGCCGGUUGGAACAAGACAUAUUGCCAAAGAGUAGUAAUACAAUGUCAGAAAGUUCGAGAACUAGCUAAGAAAUUUAACGAAAGACAAAUCGCCAUGACCACGAUUCGAUCACUUGUUCCUCGAAUGGCAAUCAUGGACGAUGUGGCCAACAAUCGAGGGAGGAGACUAAGUGAGAAUGAAUGGGUUCUUAUUGACGAACAACGACUAAACUAUUUAUCUGACUGCCAAAAUAAGAUUACUGACACGUUCAUGCAUUUCACAUACCACGCCUCUGGCGGACAGUUAGUGGUUUGCGCUUUCAAGGGAGCUAAUUCUGAAAAACAGCUCACACUGACUGAUACAGUUGUACACUCUUUAGGCAAACACUAUGGUGAUUUGGAUAACGGGCCAGAUGGGAUGAAAGCCGUGUUCAAAAACCACACAUGCAACGAAAUGUGUAAUGGGUGGUCAAAACCACCCGUUGAGGAAGAAGGCAUCAUAUUAGAGGUCAAGGUCAUUUUAGAUCGUUCGCCUUCACUUUCACCUUCGGCGCCGCCUCUAGAACAAGACUCCAAGUCCUGGAACGAAGACGACCACACGAUCACUACCAAGAAUUAUAAUGGCGGACAUUUUGAAGGGCAGGUUCGUGAUGCGUGUCAGCAAAUUAGUGCAUUAUUAGCGGAUCAAAACUCUCGAAACUCGAUAAUAUCCGCCAAAUCCCGGCAAUCUCCGGUCUAUUCCGAACAUCAACCUCCCGUCUAUUUCGAACGCAGUCCUCCCCCAUACUGUGAGCUCCCACCGAGUUAUUGGGAAUCUGAGACGUGCAACCAAUGUUAUCAUGGUGACAUUCGACCCGGCACAACCAGAACACAGUCGCUACUUAAUCUGGUCGAUCCAACAGGUCACUAGUAUAGCCAAUAUGAGCAUGGACAUGAUUAAUUUUCACAGCAGGGCAAUUCUCAAAACAAAUGGCUAGUUUGAAAAUGGCCCUCAUAUUAAAUGCAAUUAAUAUUUUUGUAGCAACAUAGUUUUCUGCUCAAAAUGUGUACACCCUGAAACAAUGGGCAAUUAUCUCCAAUAAUAAGUGAAAUAUGUUCAAUAUGGCAAAUAGGCAAAACGUUAACUUCUUCAUCUUUCAGACAAAUGAGCGAAUCUGAUUACAUAAUAUUAUAUAUUGCUAUAAUUUUCCACCAAGAAGCGUUUGGUGAACCUGUUGAGUUUUAUUGAAACCCAUGACACAUCUCUACAAAAUACUGUUUGGAACAAACCAAGGUGUGUCACAAAAUAAGGUGGGUCAAAAAUAAUGUAAGACAAUUUGAGAUGUAUGUUCUGUUUGUUAUUUUCACUUGAUUACGAUAAAGGUAACACACAUUUAUUCUGAAGAUGCCAUGAGUGUAUCAGCUUUAUAUUUCAAGCAAUGAUAGAUAAGGAGUUAUUCAUUUAGACAUUGGAGUGGGGUUUUUUUAAUACGAAGCAAUGAGUGAAAAUGUGGUUUUCACACAUCACGAGUUGACAAAAAAAUCGUAUUCGAAAAAACCCCAUAAAAUGGUCUAUUUAUUAUAUACAUGUUUCAUAAAUUUUGACAAUAUCUUUCGCUUUUUUGUUAAUAUCUUUCGCUUUUCCUAUCGAAAACACGUAACGCCAUAAUAUAUUGCUUCCGAUUGAACAUUUCCAGAAAAUGUACUUGACCAUAGACUUCUUUUUUUAAAAAUUAAUUUUUAAAAAUAUUAUUAAAUUGACAUUUGCUGUGCAAACAUACCUGACAAAGCGAUCCUCCAAAAAACCCACAACAAAACGAA